CUGGGAAUGUGAAGUCAAGGCUGGCUGGUUGGCUGGGAUAAGCUGAAUGGUGAGAGACUGAGCUGCAUUCCUGAGAUAAUAAAGGCACAGGACACACAAGUUGAGCUCUUGACUGUGGGAUUGGUCCGAGGUUUUCAAGUGCAAUUGCGGCAGCAAUUCAGCAUUCCCCUGCAGGACAAGUUGUGAUUUUUGAAUGCAUUGACUCCAGGAACAGGAGUCUCGCUGAGACAAGACAUAACUGCAGAGAACUCUCUCCAACCUGUCCAGGCCUUGCCUCCAGCCACUCAUGGAGACGCAGUAACAAGCUUCAAGAGGCAGCAGAGGCGUUGACUGACUGCUUCCUUCUCCCGGCCAUCCCCGACUGCGUGUGCUCCUUGACCCGUCCAGAGCCGCCAUGUACGGUAGCUCUCGGACCGUGGGCCAUGUGGAAGGCAGCCCGUCACGGUCUCCCCGGCUUCCCCGCUCCCCGCGACUGGGGCACCGGAGGACCAACAGCAGCGGAACGGGGGGUGCCGGGAAAACCUUGUCGAUGGAGAACAUCCAGUCAAUGAACGCUGCCUACGCUACCUCGGGGCCCAUGUACCUGAGCGACCACGAGGGCGUGGCCUCCACUAGCUUUCCCAAAGGGACCAUGACCCUGGGCAGGGCCACCAACCGGGCAACGUACGGAGGUCGGGUCACGGCCAUGGGCAGCAGUCCCAACAUCGCCUCGGCCGGGCUACCUCCCGGCGUGGACGCCCUGUCCUUCGCCGAUCACCACCACCACCCGCCGGCUCACCUGGUCACCCCCUCCCCUCACCACCACCACCACCACCUCCACCAGGUCCCCUCCUCCACCCUGAGGCAGGUCCGUGACAGCACCCUCAUCGACCUGCAGGUGCAGCUCAAGGACCUGCAGCGGGAGAACGACACCCUCCGCAAGGAACUGGACAUCAAAGACACCAAGCUGGGCUCGUCCAUGAACAGCAUCAAAACCUUCUGGAGCCCCGAGCUGAAGAAGGAGCGAGUGCUGAGGAAAGAAGAAGCAGCGCGCAUGUCGUUGCUGAGGGAACAGAUGAGAGUAUCACACGAGGAAAGUCAGCCUUUGGAUGCAAGAAGAUCAAAGCAUCUACAGUUGACCAUUCAAGCACUGCAAGAUGAGCUCCGAACCCAGAGAGACCUGAAUCACCUCCUUCAGCAGGAGAAUGUCAGCAGGGGUGCAGAGCAUUAUACCAUUGAGCUCACCGAAGAGAAUUUUCGCAGGUUGCAGGCAGAACACGAACGGCAGGCCAAGGAGCUGUUUCUUUUGAGAAAGACUUUGGAGGAAAUGGAGCUGAGGAUCGAGACGCAGAAGCAAACGUUGAAUGCCAGGGACGAGUCGAUUAAGAAACUGCUGGAGAUGCUGCAAAACAAGGGGUUGCCCUCUAAAUCUAUGGAGGAGGAACACGAGAGAAAUCGGAGGAUAUCUGAGGCAGAAUCGCAGGUCAACCAUCUGGAGGUGAUACUGGAUCAAAAGGAGAAAGAAAAUAUUCACCUUCGAGAGGAACUACACCGGAGAUCCUCCCUACAGCCAGAGACCGCAAAAACAAAGGCCUUACAAACCGUCAUCGAAAUGAAGGAUACGAAGGCUGCUUCAUUGGAGAGAAAUAUCAGAGAUCUGGAAGAUGAAAUUCAAAUGUUAAAGACAAAUGGAGCUCUGAGUAUUGGGGACCGCGAGGAGGAGCUGAAGCAAAUGGAAGUUUACAAGAGUCACUCAAAGUUCAUGAAGAAUAAGAUCGAUCAGUUAAAACAGGAUUUGUCCAAGAAGGAAUCGGAACUUCUGGCCUUACAGACCAAGCUGGAAACGCUGAAUAAUCAAAAUUCUGAUUGCAAGCAACAUAUUGAGGUGCUCAAAGAAUCACUCACUGCCAAAGAACAGCGGGCUGCCAUACUUCAAACUGAGGUGGAUGCCUUGAGACUUCGGCUGGAAGAGAAGGAAAGCUUUCUGAACAAAAAGACAAAACAACUGCAGGACCUUACGGAGGAAAAGGGAACACUUGCCGGAGAAAUCCGUGACAUGAAGGAUAUGCUGGAAGUGAAAGAGAGGAAGAUUAAUGUUCUCCAGAAAAAGAUCGAAAAUCUUCAGGAACAACUUAAAGACAAAGAUAAGCAGCUUAACAACCUGAAAGAUCGAGUGAAGUCUCUGCAGACGGAUUCGAGCAAUACAGAUACGGCUUUGGCAACACUAGAAGAAGCUUUAUCAGAGAAGGAGAGAAUUAUCGAACGUCUCAAGGAGCAACGUGAAAGGGGUGACCGUGAAAGAUUGGAAGAGGUUGAAUCGUAUAAAAAAGAAAAUAAAGAUCUUAAAGAGAAGAUUAACAAUUUGCAAGCAGAACUGGCAGAGAAAGAGUCUAGUUUGAUUGACUUGAAGGAACAUGCGUCCUCUUUAGCUUCAACCGGCUUAAAGAAAGAUUCCAGAUUAAAAACUCUGGAAAUUGCUAUCGAGCAAAAAAAGGAAGAAUGCAGUAAGUUGGAAGCACAGUUGAAGAAGAUACCAAUUAGGAAUUAUGAGGAGAAUGGGGCUCACGAUGCCGAGGACGGCACUCGGUUGAACCCAGAGAUCUGUGAGAAGAUGAGGCAACUGGAGAAAGACGUGGUAUACUACAAAGGGGAGUCUGAUAAAUGCCAGGCCGAAGUUGAUCGACUCCUGGAGAUCUUGAAAGAAGUGGAGACUGAGAAAAACGACAGAGAUAAGAAAAUAGCAGAGCUUGAGAGCUUGGCUUCCAGGCAAGUGAAGGAUCAGAGCAAGAAGGUGGCCAACCUGAAGCACAAGGAGCAGAUGGAGAAGAAGAAGAAUGCACAACUGCUGGAGGAAGCGCGGAAACGUGAGGACAACCUGACUGACAACUCACAGCACAUGGAGGAAUCAGUGGAACAGAAAGAGGAAAGGAUUGAAGAACUGGAGGACGCUCUGCGGGAAUGCGUGCAGAUUAACGCGGAGAGAGAGGUGGUUCUCGCCAAGGGAGAGGCUUCUAGAUCCUCUUCAGAGAAGCAGUUGGAGGAGCUGAUGGCCACACUGGAGAGGACCAGGCAGGAGCUGGAUUCCACCAAGGUCCGACUGACCUCCACCCAACAGUCCCUGGCUGAGCGGGAAGCCCACCUCACCAACCUGCGGGUGGAGCGGAGAAAACAGCUGGAGGAGGUGCUGGAGAUGAAACAAGAGGCACUGCUGGCCGCCAUCAGUGAGAAGGACGCAAACAUUGCCUUAUUAGAAUUGUCUGCCUCCAAAAAGAAAAAGACCCAAGAUGAAGUGAUAGCCCUUAAGCGAGAGAAGGACAGACUGGUCCAACAGCUGAAACAACAGACACAAAACCGGAUGAAAUUGAUGGCAGAUAACUAUGAUGAUGACCAUCACCAUCAUCACCACCACCACCACCACCGCACGCCGGCAAGAUCGCAGCACCCCAACCACCGGCCCUCUCCUGAUCAGAUGAUCCAGUCACUGUUGGAGGCAAGCAACCAGCGCAUUAAAUUAAAAGUGUACAUCGACUACCUGCCCGCCCACCCUCUGCCUGGAGCAGAGUUGCACAAGUCCUGGCACGAUUGCCAUCUUUAUCAGUCCCAGAGGAAGAGAGCAAUGAAGUUUCCAGGGAGCAUCAGUUGCAGAGUUUGACACCUGUACAGCUUACAGACGAGCUGGAGCCAGGAGAAAAGGAGGAUGUGGCACUCGAGGAACACACAGACUGUUUGCUGCGACGGAUCUCAGAUCUAUGUCCAGACGUCCUGGAGCAAGUGGUGGAAAUAGCUCGAUGCAGCUCCGAUCGUGGGGCAGUGGCAGCUCAAUGUGAAGUGAGAUGAACAAUCCCUUCCCCUCCUGCCAAAUUCACCAUCCUAAACCACUAAACACCGCCAUAGUAUUCUGAAGCCAGUCUGUGUCUGUUUACACCUUGAUAGUAUUAUGAGUAUCAUUCCAACCAUGAUGGGAAUCCCAAUGAUCGGUGCUGUGAAUGCCCACGUUAUGAGUAGAUGCAUCCCAAUUUCUUUCUUGAGAUGCCCAUUGCUUGCAGUUAUCUUCUCACCUGUGUCACCUUCUGCAGGUGCAGCGACCACAGCCUAAUCCUCGGCUAAUCUCACUGUCUGAACCUUCAGUAGAGGAGGGAACUGAAGAGCCACUAUGAUCUUCUAAUGUCAUAAUGUACGAUGAGUCGAGCUUGUGUGCGUGGGGAGGUGGGGGAAAAAUGUACAAUUUUUACAGUGAAAGAAUUACCAAACAGUUGACACGGAUUAUCCUUCUGAACAAAAUAAAAAUGACCUGUGCCUGUCGAAAUGUACAAUAUGAUACAUCUGAAUCCGUUUAGUCCAUGCUUGAUUUACAAUAAACAUUGUUGAAGUGGGAGAGUAUUCAAAAUUCCGCAAACGGCCUAGCAACUUGGGAAGACUUGGGAAGUGUGAAGAAGGUGUCGGGAAAAGGCAACCAUCGUUCCAUCGCGCUGGUGCGGUGAUGAGCCCAGGUAGCCAUCGUUACACUUAACGACAUCAUUGUGAAAGUUUCUCCAAGACAUUUAGCAACAUUUCUAAGUAUGGAAACUUGUGCAUUUGUACCAAUUCUGAAUUCUUUACGCAUUAUCACACUUAGCGGCAGAGAAAGCUCACUGGUCUGGGCGCACACUCAAUGGAAACCUCACUACUGCUGAAGUGAAACCAAACCUCAGAGUGUUGUUUUGGUGAAGGGGGCAAAGUUCCCUUGGAACAUGCUCAGCACAUCCGCACCCCAAGUCAGUUUUGGGGCAAGUUUUGCGCUCCCAAGAAGUAGGAAGCAACACUAUGGUCACUGUGGAUUGUGACCCAUUGAGUGGCCGGCUAGGCAGUUCUCAAUGUUCUAGAGUCCAACUGAAUACUUGAAGUAACACAUUCUAAUCACAAGGAUCUAAUGUGAAGUAAAUGUCAUAGUAAAUACAUAAAAACAGUGCUGCUUAGCCGUUAGUUCAAUAUAUGUAACGUGCCAAUUUUGGAACAGUUGGGAAGUUGCUGUUCCCAGGUUAGAGUGACACUGAUCAAUAGUUAAACCUCAGAUUAGGGCAUCUAAUACAACUCUUCAGAGGAGGGGGGGGGGGGGGGGGGGGGGGGAGGAAACUUCCGUUACAUGUUUUACAGAAUUUCAAGAUAUCUUCUUUUGAUUUUCGUUUUGAUACUUCGGCAUAGAACACUAGUUAAGAUAAACACUGUGACAAACUGACACGAGCGUUUUAUUGUUGUGUCUUUGGUAGACAUUGACUAACAAAUAAAUGACUCCCGUUGAUGCAACUUCUGGCUAGUUAAUAACUUGACUAUGUUCUGAUUGGUCUUCUGCCUGUACUAUAUAUUGUGUCAAUUCAUGUACAGUAAUUUUUGUAUUUGAGAUUUGUGUACCAGAAUGCACGCAACUUCUGUUUGACCUUUAUUUGAAAGUGGAUUAAAAACUUGUUUUCCUAAUAAUCUUUACAGGCGAACCAUAAGGAAGGAAUAUUGACACAAUGCUUACCUGUCAUGUAACUGUGUAGACUGCUACCUGAAUGUGGUGUGCUGGAAUAUGUAGAGCAGCAAUUCUUCCGAUCGCCCUUCUAAAUGUCCGCGUCACGUUCGAGUGACCUCUUGGUGUCCUGUUCUUCUGUCGCAUGUCACGGAUCCUGCUGUUGAGAUGUGGUGAAAAUGUUGACAUGGUACCACAAGGAAUCCCUGAGUAUGUUGUCCACCAUGGGCAUGUUUUAAAGCAGUACUGUGCGUGCAUCAUUAUCUUGUGGACAUGUAGGGGUAUGUAAGGUGCAAAAACAUUGUUAUUAACAUGCAAGAAAUAUUUAGUGUUGCCCAGCUUGUUUAUAUAUUCAUUAAAUAAAAUUUUCUUUCUGAUAUUAUAGUUGUUGUUUAAUAAAGAAAAGUGUUUUUUUUUUGUGGAA